GAAAGCAAUUUGGAGCUAUUUAUAUAAUGAUAAAGAGAUGUAAUAUACCUAUUUAUUAAAUAGUGGUGACGGAUCAUAUGACAUAGAAGGAAAUGGGAUUAAGAUUGGUAUUUGGAUUUAAUUAAGUGACGAUUUUUUUAGCAAUCUUAAGCAACUUAUAAUGGAGAAUUUUAAAAUGGAAAAAAAAUUGGUAGAUGGAAUAUUUUGUUUAAAGGGUUAUAUUAGAAAAAAUUUUAAUAGGUGUAAAAAUAAUCAUAUAAUUAAUUGAGUUUAGCGGAGGUGGAUAUUAUGAAAAAGGAGAGGAUAGAGUUAAGGUUGGAAGAUGGAUUGAAUUAUAGGAUGGAUUUAAAGAUUAUUCUUAAGUUAUUUUAAAUGGAGAAUAUAAAAAUUUCAAAAAAGUAGGUAUCUGAAAUAUUUUCUAUAGGAAUUAGGAUGAGAAAGAAUUUAAAUAGUUGUAAUAAAUUAUAUUUUUCAACUAUUAAGUGGUUGUGGAUCUUAUAAUAAUGGAAGU